AUGGAUACACUCAUGACCACAAUCAAGCCCGCUGAUCGCGAGUUGGGUAAGACGAUAAAGCUCAACGCUAUCGAUCAAAUCGCUCCGCGAGACUACGUUACCAUAUAUUAUUUCUUCUCCCUCCCACAAGAUGUCGACAUUCUCGCUGUUUACCGAAUCCUGGAGCAAGGGCUGCUCCGCACCUCGCGAGAAAUCCCAGAGCUGAUGAGCAGCGUCUGCAGAAGUCGCAAUGAACGUGACGAGCUGGAAUUGUGUUUCAAUCACGACUCCGCCGCAACUAUAUGCCUGAAAGACUACACGAAGCCCAACCUGCGUCAGCGAUGGAUUCCCGGAAGUUUCAAGGACCUUGAGCAGUCUCAUUUUGACCUCAACAUGUUACCACGCGAGCACGUCCUUGCUCAGACAGAAUUCCCAGAUCGGAGCUGGCAAGCGAGUCUUGUAAUGCAAGCAAAUUUUAUCGAUGGCGGACUGAUACUUACCGGAUGUCUUCAUCAUACGAUCUGUGAUGGUACCGGGACCCUACUAUUCUGGAAGACCCUCGGACGAAAUGUAUCGGACGUCACUGCAGGACUACAGUUUGUGUCAGAAUCCAGCGCAAGUGCUCAAUUAUCAAAUCGUCUGGCCAUUUUUAACCCAAGGCCAAGUGGCACUGUCUGCGACUUCCCUGGCUGGAAAUUGGCCUGCGAGGGCGAAACAGUAUCGGGAGUCUCUCGAUAUGAUAUUCAUCAGUACCCCAGCGUCAAAUUUGCAAGCUACUUCAUCUCCGCGGCAAACAUCAGCAGAUUGAUCGCCAUGCUGUCUACGGGUUCAGCUCAAAGGCCGUCGCCCACCGAAGCCAUCUGCGCAUUUAUCUGGCGCAACGUUGUCAAAGCACGAAACAUAAACGCCGACGAAUUCCCAGAGUCUAGACUAUCGAUACCUGUCAACACGCGGACAAGGAUGCAAAAUCCUCUGUGCUCACCCAGAUAUUGGGGUAACCUUUCGGAGCCUAACGCGGUUGCGCGCAUGCCAAUUCGAUUACUUUGUGGACCAAACCCGUGGCCUAUCAAGCCCGCUUCCAGCGAGACAGAAUCUCGUAACGAUGCCAUCGCCUCAGAUCAAAGUCCAGAGACUUCGCCUCUACUUUCAACAAUCAAGCAAAUUAAACAGGCAAUCAGGAGUGUCGACAAUGCUGCUGUCCGACGUCUCGUCAACCUCAUUCAGCACAUGCCACAAGCUACCUCAUUGACAUGGGAUGUCAACCGCUGGCCGGGCCCCGAUAUGCUCAUCGUCUGUUUACACUCCAUUGGUUUCGGACCCAUUGAUUUCGGACAGGUACUAGGUGUCAGCUCUGCAUACCGCUGCAGCGUGGGUAUCCCAAAAGGAAAACCUGAUGGUCGUUGCAUACUAAUGCCGACAAGAAAAGGCCUAGGAGAGGGUCUUGAGGUGAUGAUGCAAUAUGACACAGAAACAUUGCAGAGAUUGGCUCAAUGUGGAGAGUUCAAUGACCUAUUUCAGAGGUUGAACUGGGCACGGCGAUGCCAUUUCGAUACCAUUCUCGAUCAAAAGUACAAUAAUUUUCGACACAUACCCAUUACACUGUGCAUAAUCUAG